AUGUGGCACCUCAACCUCCAGCAUCUGGCUUCGCUGGCCCGUAAUUACAGCGUUCCUGCAGAUAGCGCUGCUUUGUGUUUAAUGUGUCGUGAGGGCAUUGCUAAGAUGGCAGAAGUGAUUGAUAAAUCAGAUUCCCGGCCAGCCGUCCCAUUUGAACUGGCCUUGCGUGGCCAUGAUGAAAGUAAAAGCUCGGAUAAUCCCGGCAUCUUUCGUGGGUUGGUGGAUUUUGUUGCUUCUCUUGAUGGAGUGCUAAAAGAACACCUUGAGAAUGCUACUGUGUUUAAGGGAACUUCGAAAACCGUGCAGAAUGAACUGCUGGACUGUAUGUUUUCUGUUUUGAGGGAGCAUAUUAUCAAAGAAGCACAGAGCAGUGAUUUUCUUUCAAUCCAGGCAGAUGAGACAGUGGAUAUUGCCACGCAGUGCCAACUUGUGCUUGUACUACGUUAUAUCGAUGCCAAAAACACUGUUCAGGAAAGGUUUUUUGAAUUUGUCCCUCUGCAGUCGGCUACAGCUGAUUCCAUUGCUACAGCCCUAAAAGAACGUCUUUCAACUAUUCUUCCUGAGGAUCAAAAGGCUAAGCUCAUCUGCCAGGCAUAUGAUGGAGCCAGCGUGAUGCGAGGUGCCACUGCAGGUGUUCAGAAGAAGAUACAAGAUGUGUACCCAAAUGCCCACUACAUCCACUGCUAUGCACAUCAGCUGAAUCUAAUAAUGCAACAGGCUACUUCUCACAUAACCAAAGUAAGAAUAUUUUUUUCUAACCUUAAUGGAUUUACCAGCUUUUUUUCCAGAUCAUCCAAGCGCACAAGUGUUCUUGAUAAAGUUGUGGCCCACAGACUACCAGCAUCCAGUAACAUCAGAUGGAACUUUCACAGCCGUGUCAUCAAUACUGUGUUUGAUCACAGAGAGGACCUUAUCCGCUGUUUUGAAUGCAUACAAGACUCUGGUGACUUUGACCCCAUUACCGUCAGAGAGGCUGGAGCAUUUGCCAUGCUCCUGGAGGAUCAGGAUUUUAAGUUCUUUCUGCAACUUUUCCACCAUAUCAUGCCUCAUGUGGACCUCCUCUAUGCCAAACUCCAGAAGAAGGUCAUAGAUUCAGUCUGUAUCCAGAAGAGCAUCCAGCAGUUCCAAGAGGACAUUCAAAAGAUCAGAAAUUCUCUUCACUCUAUGGUUGGACAAAGCAGUGUAGGUAGCAGUCAGCCAGUAAAGAGGCGUCGGACACUCAGUGUAGAAGACCACGAAAGGAUUGCUGCAGAAGUCUGUGAUAUCAUACUGGGACACACCAGGGAGCGCUUUUCCUUCACGAACCACCUUGUUAGUGCCACACUCCUGCAGGGGGACAGGUUUGAACAAUACAACACAGCAUUUCCUGAAGAUGCACUGAGCAACACUUUAAAAGCCUAUCCAGUGCUUAAUGGAGGUAAGCUGAAGACAGAGCUUAGUCUCAUCUACAGCAAGGAAGAGUUCAAAGCAUGUUGUGGUGCUGUGGGCCUACUCCAGCUGUUUAUGGAAAAUAACCUAGAAGAAGUCUUUUCAGAAACUGUCACACUCCUGAAGAUACUCAUCACCACACCCAUGACCACAGCAGAAGCUGAAAGGUGCUUUUCGACUCUGAAAAGAAUUAAGACUUUUCUGAGAAACUCAAUGACUCAGGACAGGCUGAAUGCAUUGGCCAUGUUGUCAAUGGAGAAAACACUGGUCACAGAGAUGACUGAUUUUAAUAAGAAUGUAAUUGAGAAAUUUGCAGGCCAGAAGGAAAGAAGGGCAAAAUUCAUGUUCAAAUAGUGCUAUUUUUUAAGAUCCGUUUUAUGUUUUUUUUUUUUUUUUUUUUUUUUUUUUUUUUUUUUUUU